AUGACAGCAGAUCCUCAUGCUAAUGAGCCUAAGCGCAUCACAAGAAACCAAUUAGCUGCUAUUGCUCAAGCAGCAGAGAAGAACAAGAUGGAACAAGCUCCGAAACCUGCUGAACAUGAAGUUAUUGUCAUCAGUUCUGAUGAAGAAGCUGAAGUGAAAGACAAAAGGCCACUUAAAGGGAGAAAGUUAAGAGACAGAUCUAAGAUAAAUGUCAGGACAUUUAGCUCUGUGCUUUCAGCUAGAAGCAAGGCUACUGGUAGAAGUGUGCCAAAUGAUUUGGUAAUGAGCAUUGAUGCAACUGACAAAGACAAUGAAUUGGCUGCAACUGAGUAUAUUGAUGAUAUUUACAAGUUUUACAAACUCAGUGAAGGUGAUUGUCCUGUACAUGAUUACAUGGUUUCACAGCCGUAUAUAAAUGCUAAGAUGAGAGAGAUUCUUAUUGAUUGGUUGAUUGAAGUUCAUCGAAAAUUUAAACUCAUGCCAGAAACUUUCUAUCUGACUCUUAACAUAGUUGACCGAUUCUUGUCCAUGAAGGUUGUUCCUAGAAAGGAACUUCAGCUUGUUGGCAUAAGCUCAAUGCUUAUUGCAUCUAAGUAUGAAGAGAUAUGGGCACCAGAGGUUACAGAUUUUGUAUGCAUAUCAGACAAUGCCUAUGUUAGAGAACAGGUUUUGGUUAUGGAGAAAACAAUCCUGGGAAACCUGGAAUGGUAUUUAACAGUUCCUACUCCUUAUGUCUUUCUGGUUCGAUACAUCAAAGCCUCCACUCCUUCUGAUAAACAGAUGGGAAAUAUGGUGAAUUUCCUAGAUGAACUUUCUAUGAUGCAUUAUGUUACCGUAUCAUCGUAUAGUCCUUCGAUGAUUGGUGCUUCUGCUGUUUAUGCGGCAAGAUGCACCACUCGAUCCAGAAAUAUUGAGGCGGGAGGAGUGCGUGCUGUUUGCAAUAGCUCAUGCAAACCAAUUUGA